CCUGGGGGUAGCGAGGCCGGGCCGGGCCGAGCCGAGGAGUCGCAUCCAAGAUGGCGCCGUGCGGACGUGUCCGGGUCCGGAGCCGCGGGCUGGGGCCUCGCUCUCUCCUCGGGCUGCUGGUGCUCGCCGCUCUCGGGCCGGCCCGGGCGGAGCAGGGCGGGGCCGCGGCGGCUGCCGGGUUCCCGGGGCUGUCAGUGCAGCAGCAGCAGGCGGCGGCGGCGGCGGUAGUGGGGGGGCCUCAGCAGCCUCCUCAGCCGGGGCUGCUCGGGGUGGCCCCCGCGGGCGGCGCUGGCGGCGGCCGGGGGCCCCGCGGCGCCGCCUCCUCCUCAGCCGGCGGCGGCGCCUGGAAACUGGCCGACGAGCCCGUCUGCCGCGAGGACGUGGCCCGCGUCUGCCCCAAGCACAGCUGGGCCAACAACCUGGCCGUCCUCGAGUGCCUGCAGGACGUGCGCGAGCCGGACAAUGAAAUCUCAUCAGACUGCAACCACCUGUUGUGGAAUUACAAACUGAACCUGACUAGAGACCCAAAAUUCGAAUCUGUGGCCAAGGAGGUCUGCAAAUCCACCAUAGCUGAGAUCAAGGAGUGUACAGAUGAGCCUCUUGGGAAAGGUUACGUGCUGUCCUGUCUGGUAGAUCACAGAGGAAAUAUCACCGAAUACCAGUGUCACCAGUACAUCACCAAAAUGACAGCCAUAAUUUUCAGUGACUACCGCCUGAUCUGUGGCUUUAUGGAAGGCUGCAGGAAUGAUAUUAACAUCCUGAAGUGUGGCAGCAUUCGCCCUGGAGAAAAGGAUGCCCAUUCUCAAGGUGAGGUGGUAGCCUGCCUGGAGAAAGGCCUGGUGAAGGAGGCAGAAGAGACAGAGCCCCGGAUUCGGGUCUCGGAGCAGUGCAAAAAGGCGAUUCUUCGUGUGGCUGAGCUCUCCUCCGAUGAUUUCCAUUUGGACCGGCACCUCUAUUUUGCAUGUCGAGAUGACCGGGAGCGCUUCUGUGAAAAUACUCAGGCUGGGGAAGGCAGGGUCUAUAAGUGCCUCUUUAACCACAAGUUUGAAGAAUCUAUGAGUGAAAAGUGUCGUGAUGCAUUGACAACUCGGCAAAAACUGAUUGCACAGGACUACAAAGUCAGUUACUCCUUGGCAAAGUCUUGCAAAAGUGACCUGAAGAAGUACCGCUGCAAUGUGGAGAACCUCCCUCGUUCCCGGGAGGCCCGGCUUUCCUACCUGCUCAUGUGUCUGGAGUCCGCCGUGCACAGAGGCCGGCAAGUGAGCAGUGAAUGCCAGGGGGAGAUGCUGGACUACCGCCGCAUGUUGAUGGAAGACUUCUCGCUGAGCCCAGAGAUCAUCCUGGGUUGCCGCAGCGAGAUCGAGCACCACUGCUCGGGACUGCAUCGGAAGGGCCGGACACUCCAUUGCCUGAUGAAAGUGGUGCGAGGAGAGAAGGGCAACGUGGGCGUCGGCUGCCAGCAGUCGCUUCAGACCUUGAUCCAGGAGGCUGACCCUGGUGCUGAUUACCGCAUCGACAGAGCUUUGAAUGAGGCCUGUGAGUCAGUGAUCCAGACAGCCUGCAAACACAUUCGUGCCGGAGACCCCAUGAUUCUCUCUUGCCUUAUGGAGCACUUGUAUACGGAGAAGAUGGUGGAGGAGUGUGAGCACCGGCUCCUGGAGCUCCAGUACUUUAUCUCGCGGGACUGGAAGCUGGAUCCUGUCCUCUACCGCAAGUGCCAGGGAGAUGCGUCCCGACUAUGCCACACACACGGCUGGAACGAGACAAAUGAGAUGAUCCCUCCUGGGGCGAUCUUCUCCUGUUUGUACAGACAUGCCUACCGCACAGAGGAGCAGGGAAGGAGGCUGUCCCGAGAAUGCAGAGCAGAAGUCCAGCGAAUUCUGCACCAGCGUGCCUUGGAUGUGAAACUGGAUCCAGCUCUCCAGGACAAGUGCAUGAUAGAUUUGGGGAAGUGGUGCAAUGACAAAACUGAGACGGGACAGGAACUUGAGUGUCUCCAGGACCAUCUGGAUGACUUGGUGGUUGAAUGCCGAGACAUAGUUGGAAAUCUCACAGAGCUGGAAUCUGAGGAUAUCCAGAUUGAAGCCUUGCUGAUGCGAGCGUGUGAGCCCAUCAUCCAGACCUACUGCCACGAAGUAGCAGACAACCAGAUCGAUUCAGGGGACCUCAUGGAGUGCCUCAUUCAGAACAAGCACCAGAAGGAGAUGAAUGAGAAGUGUGCCGUUGGGGUCACCCACUUCCAGCUGGUCCAGAUGAAGGAUUUCAGAUUCUCUUACAAAUUUAAAAUGGCCUGCAAGGAGGAUGUGCUGAAGCUGUGCCCAAACAUCAAGAAAAAGGUGGAUGUGGUGAUCUGCCUGAGCACCACGGUGCGCAACGACACCCUGCAGGACGGAAAGGAGCACCGGGUCUCUGUGAAAUGCCGGAAGCAGCUGCGUGUCGAGGAGCUGGAAAUGACUGAGGAUAUCCGCCUGGAGCCAGACCUUUAUGAGGCAUGCAAAACUGACAUCCGGGACCACUGUCAGAACGUUCCCUAUGGCAAUGCUCAGAUUGUUGAGUGUCUGAAGGAAAGCAAGAAACAGUUGACUGCCCGCUGCCAUCAGAAGGUCUUCAAACUCCAGGAGACAGAGAUGAUGGACCCAGAACUGGACUACACUCUGAUGCGUGUCUGCAAGCAGAUGAUCAAGAGAUUCUGUCCAGAAGCAGAUGCAAAGAACAUGCUUCAGUGCUUGAAACAGAACAAGAACAGCGAGGUCAUGGAUCCCAAAUGCAAGCAAAUGAUCACCAAGCGCCAGAUUACACAGAACACAGACUACCGUCUGAACCCAGUGCUCAGGAAGGCCUGCAAAGCAGACAUCCCAAAAUUCUGUCAAAGCAUUCUGAGCAAGGCCAAGGAUGACUCUGAGCUGGAAGGGCAGGUGAUAUCCUGCCUGAAGCUGAAAUACGCAGACCAGCGCCUCUCUCCAGACUGCGAAGAUCAGAUUCGAGUGAUCAUCGAGGAAUCUGCUCUUGAUUACCGGUUAGAUCCUCAGCUGCAGAUGCACUGCUCUGAAGAGAUUUCUAGCUUGUGUGCAGAAGAAGCAGCAGCCCAGGAGCAGACAGGGCAAGUCGAAGAGUGUCUGAAAGUGAACCUGCUUAAAAUCAAAACAGAAAUGUGCAAAAAGGAGGUGCUCAACAUGCUGAAGGAGAGUAAAGCAGACAUCUUUGUGGACCCUGUCCUUCAUACAGCCUGUGCCCUCGACAUCAAGCACCACUGUGCUGCCAUCCCACCAGGACGAGGGCGACAAAUGUCCUGCCUGAUGGAGGCCUUGGAGGACAAGCGUGUGCGGUUACAACCAGAGUGUAAGAAACGCCUUAACGACCGGAUAGAAAUGUGGAGCUAUGCGGCAAAGGUUGCUCCCGCAGAAGGCUUCUCUGACCUUGCCAUGCAAGUCCUGACCUCUCCCUCGAAGAACUACAUUCUCUCCGUGAUCAGCGUGGGCAUCUGUGUCUUGUUCCUGGUGGGCCUGAUGUGCGGCCGCAUCACCAAGCGGGUGACACGAGAGCUGAAGGACAGGUAGAGCCUGCCUUGGCAGCGCGAGGGAGGAAGGAAGGCAGGCCUGCCCAGGGCCCAGUUUGUACAGCCCUCCUCUGUAUAGUCUCCCCACCCACCUCACUCCUCUGCGGAGAGUGCAAGCAACUUAGAACAGCAGCGUGUGUCAGCUGAGUUCCCCAUCUCGUCCAUGGCAUUUCCACCCUCGGAACGAGUUGGCACGUGCAGCCUUGGCGGCCCAGCCAGCAGCUUCGUUACCCCAUCGUUAGCGACUGUUGUUUGCCUGCCUGUAGACAAGUUUUUCUUUCUUUCUCUUUCUCUCUCUUUCUCUCUUUCUCUCUGCCUCUCCCUCUCUCUCUUUUUUCUUGUUCUGUUGGAACUGCCUUCACUCUCCAAACCAGACUUGACAACCUGCAGCUCGAGAGGUUUUUAAAGUAAAAUUUUAAAGAUCUAUUCCAGGCAUAGUGUUGGGCAGCUGGUCUUGGUGGGCAAGCCUUGUGCUCCGCGGCUGGGCAGGAGGAGAGCCGAAGGGAAGGGUCGUUGGCCCCCACUCACAGCUGGCCUUGCUUUGGACAUCGGGCUCACCCUAGCACCAACGUCUCCCAUGCAUCCUCAGUCAGCGGAAGUGGCCUCCAGAAGUCUGUCAUCUCUGCUGAUCAGCUUUUGUUGUUCUGUUGUGGGGCUUUCUCCCUUUUAUGCCCCCCCCCCCCACCAUUCUUGCCAGAAGGCAGCACCUUCCAUUGUUUCCCUGCCUCUGGGAUAAAUAAAAGAUUGACCAGGAUAAGAAACUGCCGUGCUCGCCUUGCGAAACUCUGCUGCACCCUAAGGGAAGCCGUGGGCCAAGCCCUAGUGGAGGCAUGUUGCUGGGUGGGGAGUCAGUAUCUUUGGAUGGGAACGGGAUGGCUUCGGCACUCCGCACAGGAUGGCCUAAGCUGCAGACAGUUAGCCCUCCCUGAGUAGGCCUCUGCAGGUUGCUAAGAUUCUCCACUGAGCUGCCAGAGUCCAGGGAAGCAUCCUGGGCCUCUUUGGAAGCUGGCAGACUGCUGGCACUAAGAACCAGCGGUGGGUGAGGAGGGAGCUCUAGCUGGGGAGAGGUGGUGCCUUGGCUGAAGGAUGCUUCUUGCAGACUUCCACCCUCCCCUUGGCUACACUGGGGAGGAAUGCAACGUGGCAGUGAUUUCAUAAACUGGAUGGCCUGUACAGGGAGGGUGUCUGUUAACCUGGUGGACGGGAUUGCCUGUAUGUGCCACGUCAUGUGCCUGGACUUGCCAGCCAAGGCAGGAUGCUCGAAUGCAGCCGCCGCCGCCUCUUCCUCUUCGCUGUUGCAUAGCUAGGCAAAUGUCAGCUUCUGCAUCUGAUGCAGGUCCAGGAGCCUUUCCCAGUGGGGACCAGCUGGCUGUAAUGUAGAUGUGGACGGAUUGUCAUGCGUAACAAUACUGUGAAUAUUUUCUGCUGCUCUUAAAGGGUGUAACAUUUUAGCUGUAGGGAAGCUCUAUUUUUUCUUUUCUUUUUUUGUCCUGUUGGAGCAUGAGCAAUGCAAGAUCAAGUCUGUCCCCUGGGCACGGGAGGCUGGUAGAGCAUGUGCAGGUUGUCUGGUGACCACGGCCCGGGCCAAGCCUCCAGAGUUCAGGGGACGUGGCUGGGGAAGCAGGUGCAGGAGACCUGCUCUCUAGUGUGUGUACUUGAAGGUUUCUUUGGACCACUGCCAGUGGAGUCUAGUUUGGACUAGUAUAGGACGAGCGUCCACUCCUGCUCCCUACUUGGGGUAUGGUGGGACUGAAAAGGGGGCGUGUGUCCGGGGCUCCCCAGUGAGGCCACUUCAGUGUUGUCCUGUGAGCACACAGGAUCCCUUUUCUCCGAAGGUACUGGCCUGGGCUGGGGGUGGGGACUCUGGUCCAGACACACGCACGGUCACAUCUGCUAUCGUCCAAAAUUGGGAAGAGAAGUAGGGGCGGGGGGGGCACACAGUUGCUCCCAGAGCAACUCGAAAACCCCAGUGGGAAGGCUGGGUGCAGAAAGUGAGUGGCAGAAUGGCGAGAGCCCAAAGUCACAUGGUGGGAGGCAAGGCACGGCCCUGGGCGUGUCCCGUUCAGAAUGCUGCGAGAAGUUGGGAGGGAGCUGGAGCAGCCACCCCGUGCCCGAUACUGCUAAGCGAGGAGGGCCCCGUCAUUCUGACCUGCUCGUGGCUAGACUCUGGUGCCGGAGGAGCUGCUCUCUCACUGUGGGCCCAUCCGCUCACCACAGUUGCCUUCCCCAGGUGCUGGUGGGAGUGUGCUGGGGCAGCUCCCAAGCAAGCGGCGGUGGCCGUUGGCCUGGAGGGCACCUGGAGAUGCUGUCAGCCGCUGGCAUGCAGUGGUGCUACUGAUGUGCGAGGGCAAGAGGAGCUGUGGAGUGCUUCCGGGUGGCACUUGGAGUAUUUGCAAUAAGGUCAGACGUGGAGGGAGGCUUAAUUGCCAUAGCCAAGGCAGGACCCCAAGGCGGUUGGGACACAUCGUGACACUCCAUUAGCUGGAGUCGGCUGCUGCUUAAGGAGACAGAAGCGGCCUCCUGAGUUCAUGUGCAGCAGGUUUCCUGAGCUUUGCCCCAAGGGUCUCUGCAGCUAGGCUUCUGUGCCAUCACUCUGCGUGCACACACUCCUUAUGCUGCUUCCUCAAGUCCUGCCUGGGCAGGAGAGUAUGCUGGCCCCAGUAGCAGCUUGUCCAAAGGAGCCCAGGGGGUGCCAAAGGUUGCUCUUCUCUCUCCUGCCUUGCCCAAGAGCCAUGCUGCCUGCAGGUUGGCCAUUCACUGUGCAGUUAACUGCACAGCUCUACCUGAUGAAUAGCCAGCCUGCAGGCAGCACCACUCAUGGGUGGCGAGAGGGGCAGACUUUGGCACCCCUCUGGGCUCCUUAGGAGGAGCGGCUACUGGCUGGCUCUUCUGAGAGCCAAGCCUUUCUCCUGAGGCUUUACUCUUAAGGGCUGCUCUUGAUGAAAGGGUUUAUUUGGUAAAAUAUUAACUGCGUUGCAGGCACUGUGCUCUCCACUUCCUGCUCAGGAGCACACAAGGCAUGUAAGGGCAGCUGUUUGACGAAGGUGGAAAGAGCCGCACUGCCUAGCCACAGUUUUUAAGUGUGUUCAAGGUGCUUAAAACUGGGGGAGAGGCUGCUCCUGCCUGCUUUCCCCCUCUUGAAAAAUUCCUGUUUGAACUCCUGGCGCUUGUCUGCAACAAUUGGCCUUUAUUUUCUUGUUACACAAGCAGCUCCUGCUUCUGGCCCUUGUGCCGAUGCUUCCUCCAGAAGAAAGGAACCUUGUCGCUUGUCCACCAAAUAGGAUGUUGUAGAGUUUGUGAGGGCGGGGUAGGUGGGCUCAUCUGCGCAGGCAGGCAGGAGAGAGGCCAGUUCUGCAGAGGCCCUUGGCUCUUUCUUGCAAAGGGGCUGUGCAAGUGACACUGGAGAGUCUGAGGAGCAGUUACCUCCCUGCUUCCUUGGCAGUGGCUCAUAGAAGCAACCUUGACUGUGUUGCAGAAUUGGUGAGAUGGGCACCUGAAGGACCAGACAUGCUGUGCCCCUUUGGUCUCUAUGAAUGGCUGCUUCUUUCCAAGCAGACACACUACAGGCACUCCCUGUGUAUUAAGAGCGCCCGGCGGGAAGGUGAGGGAGGGGGAGAAUCUCCGGGAAGAGCCACCAUCAGUUUGCAUGGCUUGGGGGUGUUGAUCCUGCACAGCUGGCACUUCAAAGCCUCCCCACACACCCCAAUCUGCCAUAACUGGUACAAAUAAAAUCCAGUUCCUUUUCUACUGUAGCCUUGGGACAUAUCAGAGCCUAGCUGCAUUUCCCCCCCCCAGUCAAUGUUUUGGAGCCCAUAACUAUGGUUGUGGGCGACAGGAAGGAAGCUGACUUACACCGACAUGUUUGAAGGAACAUGCAUGCAAGCAGAGUAACUCAGGAUGGUGUCCAGGGGUGAUGUUCGAAGCCCCUCCUGCAGCUUGUGAAACAGGCCUCGUAGAAAGACAGCAGACGGUAGAUUAUGCAGCAGAUGUUGGCUGACCUUUAUCCUUUUAAAAAUGUAACAUUAACUUUUUUGUAAAUUGUUUUUCAUUUCUAUGUAUAAAAUCUUGGCUGUUCUUUGUUUUUACAUGUCCAUGCUGUGUAAUUUUGAAUUGUUAACUGAUUCUGAACAUAAUGUGCAUUUUUUUUCUGUACAGAUGAAAUGGGAAAAUUUAAUAAAAAAAAAAAGUCUGCAGGUU